AAUAGCCUCACUCAACAAUCAGCGCUCAAUCAAAAUAGCAGAUAAAAAACUGUUGCAAAAAAAAGAGCAGCCAAAUCAACCAAAUUAUUAAUUGUCGUGUCGAAUUUGGCAAUUAGUUUGGUUUAGCUAGAGAUUAAUUAUUUACGCUGAACGGUGUGGUGAUUCAUCAAUUCAAAAGAUCCUUCAAACUUUGAACUCAUCGACGUCUUUCAUCAUCAUGGUCGUCAUCUUAAGUUAACGCCAUUUCAAAGGUAGACAGUAUUUGUGUCCUAUUUAACAAAAUAAGUGCUGCCUUCUCAACAAUGACUCUCGUGCUACUACCCGUUGGUCUUAUCUGAAAUCUUCAAAACCCCGGCCUUGACACUACUCCAUCAAAAUGGACACCACGACCGCCACUCCUCAAGUCCCUCUCUCCACUAUCCUCGAUGACCUGACCACUUCUUCCACUCACGCCCACAUACAUACCCAGCCAACAAGUGCCCCCUCCAACAACACCACCAUCACAGCUCCUGUCCCCCUCCCCCCGUCCUCAAUGUCCUUUGAGGACACAAACAAAUCUUGGGAUAUGCUCCAAUUUCACCGGAAGGCGCGCGACCAUGAAAAGUACUGUGAUGCUGUGCUUCAUGUCCAUGGGCGUCAAUUUCUCUGUCAUCGCCUCAUCCUGGCCGCAAACUCGCCCUAUUUCGAUUCAAUUUUCCAAUCGAGAAUAGCUACCGGUGCAAAAUCCAAGAAUUCACAGUACUACUCGAAAACCAAUGCCAACCUGACACGCUCCGUGCUCAUGGAGUCGCUAAUAAUCGGUUGCACGGAACCUGAUGUGUUCGCCACGUUUAUAAAUUUUAUGUACACUGGGGCAGUCUCGAUCGACAAGGGAAAUGUCGCCGAACUGCUUCGUCUCUCGAAUAAUUUCAUGGUAGGGAAACUCAAAGAGUAUUGUGCCUCGUAUUUGGAGAGAUUCAUCGACGCUGAGAAUUGCGUCCAGGUGAAGGAGGUCGGAGAAAAAUAUGGGAUCCAAGCACUGGUCAAAGUGGCGACACAAUUUGUACAAAAUAAUUUAGGGGAGGUGAUCAAUCACGAAAUUAUGAUGGAGCUGUUACCAAAACAAGUUGAGGGGUUUGUGAUGGAUAAGGGUUUUCAAAUUCAGCACGAAGUCGCCGUAAAGUUCAUGUCGCGCUGGGUCUGUCACGAUAUUCCUGGCCGGGAGCGAGAUUACAAACAAAUGUUGACCAAUAUCGACUGGGGGACGAUGGACCAUGAAACUAUUGUGACCUAUAUUGACCAAGAACCCCUCUACGGAUCCUCGGAACGUUGUUUCUAUUACAUUUUGCAAUCUCUGGGAGACAAAAAUAUUCGUGUGGAGAAGUACGAGGAAAUCUUUCACGCCUUACAACAACGGUUUGGUCAGGAGGCUGAUCAACCACUCGGUUACGGCGACAAUCUACUCCAAAUGGCUUUCAACUCAGCGAUGGAAGGACUCCAAGUUCCUACCGAAUCAGCCACGUCAUGGGCAGAAGAUAAAGAAAAGAAAUCAAAUAAUGAGAAUAUUGGCGAUGCCGCUACUACAAAACCAAAGAAACUCACUCUUGAACAGAGACGUCGACGAAUUUUGCGCCGUGUGCACCGAAAUCGUGUCACAAAACGGUGGGUUGUGAUCCGACUAGAUAGGCCGAAACCAAAACAGCUCGCGUACAAUGAGAUGAUGGCAGAUUCGUCGGGCGACGAGGAGUGUGACCCCGCCCAGACGCUGGCAGGGUAUCAGUGCCACAUGUGUCCCUACAUGGCCAAGAAGAUAUCUAGACUGGAGAGGCAUUUGGCUUGUAUGCAUGCGCACGAUGUGACCUAUCGCUGCUCAGAGUGUGGAUACAGGUGCAAAUGGAAUAGGGAAUAUUUUCUACAUAUGAAGUCCCACUUUGAUGGUCCACCCUACAAAUGCUCCCUCUGCGACUUCACAGCGAACAAGAUUGGUUCUCUGAUAAGCCACAGAAUCAGCCACCUUGACCUUAAACCCUUCCAUUGCACCGAGUGCGAGUUCAAGACGAGGUCAAAGGCUAAUUUAGCCGUCCAUUUGAAAACACACAAUAAUGAAAAACCGUACCGAUGUGGAAUUUGUGGCCGUAACUUCGCCUCUAAAAAUUCGCUUGAUCAGCAUGCCGUAGGACAUAACACUGAUAAAACAUACUCUUGCACACAGUGCCCUUUUUCAACAAAAUAUUUAAACCAUUUUACAAAUCAUAAGAAGACGCAUCAUGUUCAGACGGGGAAAAAGGGGAAAGAAUUGUACAGAUGUUCCGAUUCCACGUGUAAGUACACAACCUCAAAGAAAUCUCAGCUAGAGUCGCACAUGCGUUCUCACGCCGGUGUCCGUCCACACGUCUGCUCAAUUUGCGGGCGUCGUUUUCUGGAGAAAUCCCACCUAGUUCGCCACGAGCGGAUCCACUUUAAUGAGCGGCCUUUUAAAUGUGAAGAGUGCGACUAUGCCUCAACAAGGAGGGAUAAGUUAAAGGAACACAAGACACGACAUCAUGGGGUAAAUGCAAGCGCAAAGUCACCCUACAAACCGAGGCCUCACAAGGGGAAAAGUGGUGGUGGAGGUGCGGCGAAUGGGUCACAAUCGUCAGGAGAUAAUUCUAAUCCGGGCAGUACAGGGGGAGGAACAGGAGUUGUCUAUGCAAAAAAAUCGGGGGCGAGUAGUAGUGCUCAUCAACAGGUGCAACAGCAAUCAACUUCAGAGCAGAACUCGUCCAGUGUUGUCACGUCUGGGAAUGAGUUAGAAUUCAUAAUCCCGCAUGGACCUCACUCCACGACUCCGGGUGGGGAUGAGAAUGGGGAGGCUUAUGUACAAUUAACAGGACAAAGUGGUGCAGGCUCAUCCGGUGGGUUAGAUCUGCAACAUAUGUCUAACACUGUCCAGUUGCGGCCGUAUCAACAACAGGUGGUGGUGUCUCUCCCCACCUCAUCAUCUUCAUCUUACUCUACUUCCACAUCCACACCCCACCUCAUUUCCGGUCCUGCCCACACUUCAACCUCGUCCCCCGUCAUAUCCAUCCCUUCAACUUCCUCCUCAACCACUGCAACGCUCCUUAACUCUGCAUCUCUCAUGGCUGCCAUCCAACAGCAACAACAAAAUCAAAACCAAUUAUUUAAAACUUCUCCAUCCUCUUCAAAAAUUGUGGCGAAGCCGGGUCAGAGAAUAAUUUUGGUGCAACAACAACAGGGUUCGAAUAAAGGAGGAGGUACUGCUGGACAAGACAAUAAUUCAGCCAAUAUUGCCCAAACCUUGGCCUCGUUUCCUCACGGGGGUGCCAUCUCGUCGCACGAUCUGCAAAGGACAUUAGGCAUCAAGUUAGAGGAUCUGCAGGCCGGUGGGCUAAUCGGGAUCGGGACAGGUGUUGGCGGAGCCAUGACGGCGAGAGCGAUCAAGUUGGAGGAGCUGACUGGCAUGUCGACUCAGACUUUGACCACUUCCUCGGCCCGAGGAAUUCCCGGCACGACGACAACCAUGCUUUUAGAUGCCGCCCAGUUACAACAAUUGACACAACAAUCGUCCUCCUCAUCCCAUUUCGAGCGUGGCAUUCCAAUCACCAUUUCGUCUCUGCAACUCCCAAGUUCAGGGGGUCAACCCUCAAUUUCCGUCGUCUCUUCUCAGCAGCAGCAACAACAACAACAAAUCAUUCCUCAACAAAAUAAUUCGUCCUCCUCGACACCCACCAGUUCUGGUGGGACUAGUGGUGGUCAAAAUCAAGCUACUACCACUAACCAGCAAAAUAAUCCAAACAAUGAUUUUUCCGGACUUAACAAUCUAUUUUGUUAGUUAAUUAAAGGAGAGAAAUUUAUUAAUUAACGUACUUAAUUAACUAAUGCGACAGUUAAUCAUCUCAUGACAUUUGUUUUUGUUUGCAAAAAUGUGCACAUUUUACAGUUUGGAUCUUCAAUUAUGUAAGAAGAUCUUUGAUUUUGAUAGCUUUAAUUUGAAUACAUAGAGUGGUUUCGUUUAGUUUGUGUAGUGACAUAAAAGUAAAAUUAAUCUCAUGUUUUUUUAUUAUAAUUAUUAGUUUUUUGAUACGAUUUGAAUUAUUUUAACUGGUGAGAAAUAUUAAUAAGUAAGUUGGAGUUUUGUGGAAAAAUUCGGUCCAUUAAUAUAGAUAUUACGUUUUUGACAUGAAUUUACAUAUAUGAAUUUACUUUAUAAUACCGACAAAAAUUGUGGCCUGACUUAAUUUUGUAAUGUUCCAAAUGUCCAAUUAAAUGUGUAAUUAUUAAAUAGUUAUAUAGUUAAUUGUUCUUACA